GACUUCUUUUCUUUUUCUCCUUUUUCUUUCUUUCUUUUCUUCCUCCUCCAGCCCGCGUGUUCUGCUCUUCUCCUUCCCGCUGCAGCCACCCCAAAGAAAAAAAAAGAGGAACCCAGCCAGCCUUUGAGAAACCGUUAGAGAGCUUGGUUUUUGGCCUUCUUUUCUCGUCUAAGAACCUGAUUUGAACCCAGAAAUAUCCCUCCUUCCUCUGCAGUUUCGGAUCUGCUCUGCUUGUCCGCCGACUGCUGUUGCUAGGCCCGAAAUUCUGGGCAUUUUUCUGGUAAGAGCAGCCCCUAAUUUCCUUUGUUCUUGCUUGAAUUGGCUUGGGUUAACUUUGAUUGCUCUUAUUUCCUUUAAUUUUGGGUAGUUCCGUGAGCUUCCCCCUGCACUUGCCGCCGGCUUCUCCCCCUGCCAAGUCCGGUUCUGCAACUGGAAAAUUUAUGGUUCCCGAUCGUCCUGUCAGUUUAGUACGUGAAUUGAGUGCUCGGUUUUAUGCAAGUGAGGUAAGUAAAUUUAUGGUAAUGCCCGUACUGUUUUUAAAAGCAUGUUUUGAUUUGUUUUUGAAGUGGUGGCGGGACUAAACCCGUUUUACACAAGUAUGACUGAUUUGAAGUGAAAUGUUUUAUGCUUUUCACUAAAUUGAGCAUGCCUACUUGAAAUUUGAGUGACUGUCCUGAUGAUCUGAAAGUGAUUGUGAAUCGUGAUUUUCCUGUUAACUUCUGCCUGUUUUGUCUCCGAUGUGGUCAUGUUAUUCGUGUGCCCGCUAGUGGGAGGUUUAUAAACGCUAGCACAUGUCGACAUGUUAUUGAUAGAACCGGUUCGCUCGUGGCCCUACUAGUGGGGAUUAUACACUAGUACUCGUGUGCCCGCCAGUGGGAGGUUUAUAACACUGGCCGUGACCUAUAGAGGAGACGUCUAUUUCGUGCCCGUACCGUAUCUGUUUUCCUGAUUGUACUUGUUGGCAUGCUUUAAGUUUGAUAAGGGCAAUCCAUAUUUACUUACUGAGUUUAUCUCAUAGUUUUUCCUUGUCCACCAUUUCAGGAAGUGAAAC